AUGAUGCCAAAGUCAGUUCUAGUGUUCGUGCUGGUGUGUCUCGGUGGAUGUUCCGCGGCACCCGCAUUCGACCCAUUGGACUAUCUCCCAACAUUGGAGUAUCUUCGAAAUGUACUGCGUUUUAGCUUACUUUCCCUUUCCGAAGUGAAACCGGAUACGACUUUGCCACUUACCUUAAAUAUUACUCAAACUUUAGGCAAAGUUAACAGCUCAUUUACGAACGCGCUAGAAGCAGCUGACAAGAUCACCAUUCUUCUUCAGGCGCAAGAUAUCUCUCGCAAUAUGCAACCGUUAGCAGAAAACCUUCAUCAAAUAAACAGCUACUUGAAUGAGACUAACAUCCCCUUCCCAGAGUACUACCGCAAGGAGAACGCUUCUCAAGAGUUGGAACUCCUGGAGCGGAAUAUGAGUGAGCAUUUGAUGCGGAUAGAUUUCUUAAAAGAUACCCUCCAGUUGGGUGAUUUACGGGAGAUCAACAGCUUCCUGACCGGUGCCACCAGUCAUGUAAUGUCCACGACGAUGGCCGUUUUUCUAAUUUCCAGUGUCGAGAAGUUGCAACACUAUCUCAAAGUACUCUUUUUACCGCCUCACAUGGAGGCAACCGAACUGAAAGAUCUUCACGAUGUCACCCAGAUCGCACGAUCGUACCAUAUGCUGUACGGUGCUGCUCUUCGUAGCGCAUCGGGACGCUUUCUCCGGGAAGCAUCUGACGGUGGACAGUUGCUCCGAUCGAUGCUGGGUACACUGCAACACCUUCCCGACGAUCUUCAUACAGCUGUCGCCGAGUUUUCUAGCCAAGUGGACAACUUCAUCCAGACUGGGCUCGGUGAUCUGCAGUCGAUCGAAUCCAAGGCUGACAAUCGGUUUGGAGAGGUCUUACAAAACAUGCUUUACACCUCGUACGGUUUAGUGUCCUCGGGAAUGGCAAAGUUACGUCCCUUCCCACUGCACCUUCAGUGCGUACGUGAUCUCGUGCCACGCGCACAUACUGUCGGUGCCAUCAGCCUAAUGUCUGUUGCACUAUGCUCGAACGAGGCAACCACAGCGCUGUAUGAUGCAACGAUGGUGUACCAUGACAGAGUACGCCAACUUCAGCAUGAAAUUUUCGACCAGCUGCAACAAGUACGGGAUUGCGCUAAACUGGAAAAUGGAAGCUGUUUCACGGUCUAUGAUGAGACGGUGACGGUUAUUAAUACAAAUGCCGGCUUGGUGAAACAUUUCGCAAUUGAUUUUGAGCCAUACCGAGAACAAUUGCUCAGCUGCCUUACGUCCAAAUACGAAAUCAUGACGGCAAAAGUGCUGGAUAUGUCUCUCAAGUUUGACAAAUGUGUUAAGACAACCAAGUAG